AGUACAAGUGAAAUCACCGUUGAACAGACGGCGGGGAACGGGGAAAGUGACGUGACGGCGAGAGGUCCUCCCAUGUGAUGCGACCGAGGCCUGACGGACUGUGCCUGUCUGUUAUGGCUCCUCCUGCUACAGUAGAACGGGGCUAGACGUAACACCAGUGCAGGGGAACGGGAAUAACACACCGCGAUACGUUUUCCUGGAGCCUCGGCUAAACAUGGCAGAUUGUGCAAGGCUGAAGAAAAAGACAUAGAUGGUGUGCUUGGCGUCGCCUCUUCUGCUGUGAAGGCUUCGACAUUUCUUCAAGAUUAACAACACCCCAAAUGAACUCCGUCAGAGCAAGUAACGUUAGCAGAAGACCUAGGCGAGUAUCGAGGCCGCGCCCGGUGCAGCCGGAGAGGAACCACCAGGAAAGAGAUGAGGACGUUCCUGCAGAUAUGGUCGCAGAAGAAUCCGGUCCAGGAGCUCAGAAUAGUCCCUACCAACUUAGAAGAAAGUCUCUACCCAAGAGAACAGUGUGUCCGACAAAGACAAACAUGGAGGGUGCUUCCACUUCAACCACAGACAACUUUGGACAUCGACCUAAGCGCCCCAGAGUUUCAGGAAAGUGUCAAGAUUUACCUGCAGCUCCAGCAGAGCAGUAUUUGCAGGAGAAGCUUCCAGACGAGGUGGUGCUAAAGAUCUUCUCGUACCUGUUGGAGCAGGACUUGUGCCGUGCUGCAUGUGUGUGCAAACGCUUCAGUGAGCUGGCCAACGACCCCAUCCUCUGGAAGAGGCUGUACAUGGAAGUUUUUGAAUACACACGACCCAUGAUGCACCCCGAGGCAGGAAAGUUCUACCAGAUAAACCCAGAAGAGUACGAGCAGCCAAACCCUUGGAAGGAAAGUUUUCAGCAGCUGUACAAAGGAGCACAUGUUAAACCUGGCUUUGCAGAACACUUCUACAGUAAUCCUGCCAGAUACAAAGGGAGAGAUAACAUGUUUUACUACGAUACCAUUGAGGAUGCUCUCGGAGGUGGUCAGGAGCCUCACUUUGACGGCCUCAUAUUCGUGCACUCUGGUAUUUACACAGACGAAUGGAUCUACAUCGAGUCACCUAUCACAAUGAUUGGAGCUGCUCCUGGAAAAGUAGCAGAGAAAGUCAUCAUUGAGAAUACCAGAGACUCUACAUUUGUAUUCAUGGAAGGAUCAGAAGAUGCUUAUGUUGGAUACAUGACCAUUAGGUUCAAUCCUGAUGAUAAAUCCGCCCAGCACCACAACGCACACCACUGCUUGGAGAUUACAGUCAACUGCAGCCCCAUCAUUGACCACUGCAUAAUACGCAGCACAUGCACAGUGGGGUCAGCUGUCUGUGUCAGCGGCCAGGGUGCUUGUCCUACAAUAAAGCACUGCAACAUUAGUGACUGUGAAAAUGUUGGUCUUUACAUCACUGACCAUGCACAGGGAAUAUACGAAGACAAUGAGAUCUCAAACAACGCUCUGGCUGGGAUCUGGGUGAAAAACCAUGGAAAUCCAAUCAUCAGACGGAAUCACAUCCACCACGGCAGAGAUGUUGGUGUUUUUACAUUUGACCACGGCAUGGGUUACUUUGAGAGCUGUAAUAUCCAUAGGAACCGUAUAGCCGGCUUUGAGGUGAAGGCGUACGCCAAUCCAACCGUGGUUCGUUGUGAGAUCCAUCAUGGUCAGACAGGGGGCAUCUACGUGCACGAAAAGGGCCGCGGCCAGUUCAUUGAAAACAAGAUCUAUGCAAAUAACUUUGCUGGGGUGUGGAUCACGUCUAACAGUGACCCCACAAUAAGGGGCAAUGCCAUUUUUAACGGCAAUCAAGGUGGCGUUUACAUUUUUGGUGAUGGCCGAGGCCUAAUUGAAGGAAACGACAUCUACGGUAAUGCCCUGGCAGGAAUCCAGAUCAGGACAAACAGCUGCCCCAUUGUCAGACACAACAAGAUCCAUGAUGGCCAGCAUGGUGGCAUCUAUGUGCAUGAAAAAGGACAAGGCGUCAUAGAAGAGAACGAGGUGUACAGCAACACGUUGGCAGGAGUGUGGGUGACAACGGGCAGUACGCCAGUACUGAGGAGGAACAGGAUACACAGCGGGAAGCAGGUUGGCGUCUACUUUUAUGACAAUGGCCAUGGUGUGCUCGAAGACAAUGAUAUCUACAAUCACAUGUACUCUGGAGUUCAAAUUAGGACUGGCAGCAAUCCCAAGAUCAGGCGGAACAAGAUCUGGGGAGGCCAGAAUGGUGGCAUUUUGGUUUACAACUCAGGCUUGGGCUUUAUCGAGGACAAUGAGAUCUUCGACAAUGCUAUGGCAGGAGUGUGGAUCAAGACGGACAGCAACCCCACUUUGCGGAGGAAUAAGAUCCAUGACGGGAGAGACGGUGGGAUCUGUAUAUUCAAUGGAGGAAGAGGUUUGUUAGAGGAAAAUGACAUCUUCAGAAAUGCCCAAGCAGGGGUCCUCAUUAGCACCAACAGCCACCCCGUACUGCGGAAAAACAGGAUAUUUGACGGCUUUGCUGCAGGUAUUGAGAUCACCAAUCAUGCCACAGCAACCCUAGAGGGCAAUCAGAUCUUCAACAAUCGCUUUGGGGGAUUGUUUCUUGCAUCUGGUGUCAACGUAACAAUGAAAGAUAAUAAGAUAAUGAACAAUCAAGAUGCCAUUGAAAAGGCUGUGAGCAGAGGUCAGUGCCUGUACAAGAUUUCAAGUUACACCAGCUACCCAAUGCACGAUUUUUACAGGUGUCACACCUGUAACACGACAGACCGCAACGCCAUCUGUGUGAACUGCAUCAAGAAGUGUCACCAAGGACAUGAUGUGGAGUUCAUCAGACACGAUAGAUUCUUCUGUGACUGUGGUGCAGGGACGCUGUCAAAUCCUUGCACGUUAGCUGGAGAGCCAACUCAUGACACAGACACACUGUAUGACUCGGCUCCUCCUAUAGAGUCCAAUACACUGCAGCACAACUGAGCUAAAGACCCGAGGUCCUUUUGCGCUUCAGCAAUAAUGGACACGAGACACUUUAAGCUGUGCAGUGGAGGAGGAAAUCCAAACUACAAUACAGAUUCACUUUGACAGAGCAUAUACAGUGACUUUAAAAAAAGACUUGGAAAUGAAUAUGCUAAAAGGAGACAUUUCGAAAAAAAAAAAAA